AUGAAGUUAUCAUUAAUUCUUUUUACAAUUCUCAUCUUCUCAAAGCUAUCAGCUCAAGCAACAAUAAAUGGACGGGAUAUAGAAUAUGAUUUUAUUAUUGUUGGGGCUGGAGGUGCUGGAUGUGCUUUGGCAAACCGUUUAAGUGAAGAAAAACCUUGGAAAAUAUUGUUAAUUGAGGCAGGCGGACCAGAAACACCAAAGACCGAAGUACCUGGAGCAGUGACUGAAAUUCUUUCACCUUAUGAAUCGCCACUUUUGUGGAACGAUUAUUCAGAACCAUUACGAAAUGCUGGUUCGGCUUUGAAUGGAAGAUCAAUUCGCUGUAUGCAUGGUAAAGUAAUGGGUGGCAGUAGCGCGGUAAAUUGGAUGUUGUACACUCGUGGAAAUAUUGCUGAUUAUAAUCGAUGGAGUACAUUAACCGGUGAUUUAAAUUGGUCAUGGGAAUAUAUUCAUCCGUAUUACAAAAAAUUAGAAAAUUAUACAAUUCCAUACCCUGAUCCAACCUAUUUUGGAAUAAAUGGACCCGUUCAUAUUGAAACACCUCCAUAUUAUAGUGAAAUUUCCAGACUUGCAUUGGUGGCAGGAGAACAAUCUGGUUUACCAAUUCGUAAUGUUAAUGGUCCAGUGUCGUAUGGAAUAUCACCGGUUCAAGCUAUGAUUAAAAAUGGAGUGCGCGUUAGUGCAAGUAAAGCUUAUAUAACUCCAAUUAUAGAAAACCGUCCGAAUUUACACUUAAAAAUGAGGUCAACGGUUACGAAAAUUCUUAUUAAUAUGGAAGCAAGACCUUUGCCGAAAGCUUAUGGUGUUAGAUAUUUGUAUAACGAUGUAAUGUAUACUGCUUACGCGAGACAAGAAGUUAUCUUGUGUGCUGGACCAAUUAAUUCACCAAAAUUAUUAAUGUUGUCUGGAAUUGGACCGCAAGAAGAUUUAUUAAUAAAUCAAGGGUUUGGAUAUUCACAUCCAAUAAAUAACACAUUAUCAAUCGAACAAAUACUUUACUUUGCUCCAAUGAAUGAGAUGAGUUAUAAAGUACACAAUAUAGAAGAAUCAGUGUAUGAUGCAGUUUUUAAAGCGCAUUCAAAGUUGCCAGGUUUUCAGAUUUAUCCCAUAUUGGAACAACCAAAAAGUCGUGGUACAGUUCGACUCCGGGAUGCAAAUCCAUUUUCGAAACCUCGAAUUGAUCUUAAUUAUUUCUCUGAUCCAGAAGAUCUUGAACGUCUAUUAAGUGGUGUUAAAGAAGCUAUCAAAAUCGGUGAAAAACCUGCUUUAGAAUCGUAUUCUCCGAAGCUUUUAAGUACAAAAAUUCCACAAUGUUCAAUGUAUAUAUUUAAUACUGAUGCGUAUUGGAGAUGCGUCAUUCGAGCAAUGCCUAUCAGUUUGUGGCAUUUUAGUGGAACUUGUAAAAUGGGUGGAAGAUCAGAUCCAUCAACUGUGCUUAAUACGAGAUUAAAAGUUCAUGGUAUCGAAGGUUUACGUGUAGUUGAUCCUAGUGCUUUCCCAACUCCAGUAACAGCUCAUUAUAAUGCAUUGUCAAUGAUGAUUGGAGAAAAAGCAGCAGAUAUAAUUAAGGAUGAUUUAACACAUUAA